GCUCCCGGCCACCCGACACUGCCGCGAGCUCCGCCACAGCAGAUGGACCUCUCGUGCUCACCUCCUCCUCCUUGGUGCACGCGCCCCAGUGAUUGUUUCCAACGGCAGGAGAGCUAGCGAGUUGAACAAGGAGUUUAUCGUCAACGGAUAUUUCACCUUUAACGGGAAAGAAGAGCAAAGACGGGAGGAGGAGGUAGAAAAGGAGAACCGGAAAGCCUGCGUCCACCGGGUUUGCUCCCUCUUUCUGGUGAUUCAACAAGACCACACAGUCUUCACUACGCUCCUCUCAUGCUUACUGAGAAUGGAUGAUACAGAGUACGGGGUUCAGAUUGGAGAGAACAAGUUCAUCAGGAAGGCAACCGUCCUCUCACAUCUGAAGACGUACAACCUCUACUAUGAAGGACAGAAUCUGCAGCUCAGACACAGAGAGGAAGAGGGGGAGUUGAUUGUCGAGGGCUUGCUUAAUAUCUUCUGGGGUCUGCGGCGACCAAUCAGGCUUCAGAUGCAGGAUGACCACGAGCGGAUCCGACCGCCCCCCUCCUCUACGUCCUGGCACUCGGGUUGCAAUCUGGACAGUCAAGGUUCACCCAACAGCACAGAUGGUCAACAAACGACACAGCAGAGCCCACCCACAGUGGAAGUGACAGAACCUGACAGCCAACCGGAGGACGACGGCGUGAUGGAAGAACAGGCAGAAGAAGACAGUGACAGCUCGGCUCAGCUCCUCAGAACAAAGAGCGAUGCAGGCGUCUUGAGACGGGGCCAGCGACGGUCACCGAGUGACCAGAGGAAAAUUCGACGCCAUCGCUUCUCUAUUAAUGGACACUUCUACAACCAUAAGACAUCAGUGUUUACUCCUGCUUUCGGCUCAAUGACUAAUGUUCGGAUCAACAGCUGCAUGAGGACGCCUCAGGUGCUUCGGGUUCUCCUCAACAAGUUUAAAAUUGAAAACAGCCCAGAUGAUUUCGCCCUCUACCUCGUCCAUGCAAGUGGAGAGCGUGUGAAACUAAAGCGAAGUGACUAUCCUCUGGUGCUGAGAGUGAUUCAGGGUCCCUGUGAGCAGGUCUGCAAGGUUUUCCUCAUGGAAGAAGACCUUGGAGAAGAAGUCACAUAUGAUGUGGCACAGUAUAUCAAGUUUGAAAUGCCUGUCCUGCGGAGUUUCAUCACCAAACUGAAGGAGGAAGAGGACAGAGAGGUGCAAAAACUCAGAAGAAGGUAUACGUACCUGCGGUGUAUAAUUGAAAAGCAGCUCAGUUGUCUUCCAGAGGGGGCGGCGUGUAUGUGAACUGUUCUUAAAACUGUCAGAGGUACCACAUCCUCCACCCAGCUGUGACUGCUGCACCCCAAUGUAUGUGUUUCAGCGAUUAUCCUGCUCCUCCUGAACUCCUGGCUCAUCCAAUCAACCAAUUCACACACAAAACUUCAACAUGCUAUAUUAAUGUACAUGCUAAUUGAGACCAUCUCAGCAAUAGUCUUCAGACCCAAUCCCCUUUUCUCUUUGUCAUCACAUACAGUACACUCAGAAAGACAUUCCUUUACUCCUGAGUAGUUUUAACCUUUUUGCAGAAUGAGCCUAAAAUGAGACAUCCCGUCUUCUGUCUCAAUCAUUCAGAUGACAAACUGAUAUCAGAAAUGAAUUUAAAGCACAAACAUCUUAAUAACACGUCUUAAUAAAGUGCCUGUUAGAAGGUUUCUUCAAGCACAAAUGCACAAACUUUAAACAUAUUUUUGAAGUUAUUGACCUGUAGAAAAUUCUUGGGAUUUUUUUUUUUUUUUUUACUGAUAAGUACAAGAGAACAACAUGAGGCCGCGCCGUUUCUGUUAAUGUGAAACCCAGACCACAAAGGAAACAGUUGUGCCCUCAAAAGCUUCGUGCCUUUCAUGGUCCUCCUUGUUGUUAAAUAUUGAAAUUGAAGUAAUUUAAUAGACCCUCUCCAUUGUAUCUCAUUUUAGAAGUUCACUGCAGGGAUUAUUAAAGAUUGUGUGAACAGAUAAUCUGUUCAUGUGGUGACCAGUCUGUUGGUGGUCUGAUGGAGACAACUGUUUUUCUGAAGGCAUUCACAUUGAAUGUAAAGGACACUUUAUGAUUGGAGUUAAAGAAAUAGUUUGACAUUUUGGGAAACAUUUUCUUGCAGAAAGUUAGAUGUUUGUGUAGCAGCUGCUGGUUAUCU